AUUCAGACUAGCACAGUCCUCCGUGUGACCCUUCUUUUGCAUUCAAUCCUCUCACGCGACCAUCGCCACUGCUCUCGUGGCGAUUGUUUCGAAGACCUUACGUAAGUAAUCGUUUGCUAGUGUUUUUUUAUACCUCUUCUUGUUCGGGCGGGUCUCUGUGAUUUCGGCUUUGGUGCUCAGUGCGUCUCUCUUGUUUGCUGCUGCUGUCUUCGCCAUGGCGCCCCUUGCGUCUCGCUCCUUGCACAUUCUGUGGCGUGCCCGAGCGGCCGUUGCCGCUUGUCACUUGCCCUUCUCUUCAGCAGGUGUUGGUUCUGGGGUAUCUGCCCUGUCGCGAUUGAAUUCCACUGCCGCUACCGCUGUCUCUCACGAAGAGGAUGUUGCACCCGCCGCUUCGCCUCCCGCUGUUCUGAUGAAGGGGGUGAGGAUGGCGGGGCGUCCGCUCUACCUCGACAUGCAGGCGACUUCCCCUGUGGACCCUCGCGUUCUCGAUUCCAUGCUUCCUUACUACAUCGACCAGUAUGGAAAUCCUCACUCUCGUACGCACAUGUAUGGAUGGGAAAGCGAUGGCGCGGUGGAGAAGGCGCGGGAGCAGAUUGCGAAGCUUAUAGGCGCUAACCCUAAGGAAAUUAUUUUUACAUCCGGCGCCACGGAAGCCAAUAAUAUUGCACUGAAGGGAGUUAUGCAUUUUUACAAGGAGAAGAAGAGGCACGUCAUCACCACGCAGACAGAGCACAAGUGUGUCCUGGACUCUUGCCGCCACUUGCAACAGGAGGGAUUCGAGGUCACGUACUUGCCAGUCAAGAAAGAUGGUCUGAUUGAUUUAGAUGAGCUCAAGGCCGCUAUUCGUCCAGACACUGGUAUCGUAUCAAUUAUGGCUGUUAACAACGAGAUUGGUGUCAUUCAACCUUUAGCGGAAAUUGGAGAAUUGUGCAGGAAGAACAAGGUUUUUUUCCAUACAGAUGCUGCUCAAGCGGUUGGAAAGAUUAACAUAAACGUCGAUGAUUUGAAGGUGGAUUUAAUGUCCUUGAGCGCGCACAAAAUAUAUGGUCCUAAGGGAGUUGGAGCUCUGUACUUGCGGAGGAGACCUCGCGUUCGCGUGGAAGCACAGAUGAGCGGAGGUGGGCAAGAGAGAGGCAUUCGCAGUGGGACAGUUCCGACCCCUUUAGUUGUUGGCAUGGGCGCUGCAUGUCAGAUUGCUAUGGAGGAAAUGGAGUGCGAUGAGAAACACAUCAAAGAACUAUCGGAUCGUUUGUACAAGGGUAUUACAUCCAAGUUAGAUGGUGUGAUCCUCAAUGGCAGCGAGGAGCACCGGUAUGCUGGAAACUUGAAUCUAUCUUUCGCGUAUGUGGAAGGUGAGAGCUUGCUUAUGGGACUGAAAGAAGUAGCUGUCUCUAGCGGAAGUGCUUGCACUAGUGCAAGUCUCGAGCCAUCAUACGUAUUGAGAGCUUUGGGAGUAGAAGAAGAUAUGGCCCAUACCUCUAUAAGGUUCGGCAUUGGUAGGUUCACGACAAAGGAGGAGGUCGACAGGGCCAUCGCUCUUACUGUGGAUCAAGUGGCUAAAUUGAGGCAAAUGAGUCCUUUAUGGGAGAUGGUACAGGAAGGCAUCGAUUUGAAGAGCAUCCAGUGGGCUCAGCAUUGAUGAACGACAGUGUUCGAUGUAAAUUUAUGAAGUCUUUAUUAGGUCGUUGUUCGUCACUCCUUUAAACACUGGUUUGAUUGAGUCAAUGGAAGAACCAAACUCGCCAUGUGUACAUGAUUUAGGAACGUGGAAAGAGAGAUCAUACCAUUACAACCUAAUUAGUGCUGAGUUUCUGUACUGAGCUUUCGGAAUUGAAACGGUUGAGGUACGUAAGUUUGCUUAAGAGAUUGACUACCUAGUGCACAUCUACAAGAUGACCUCAUGUGGGUCCUUAAUUUAUAAAUUGACAGUUUACCUGUAUACGGUUUUUGCGAGGCGUUUCUUCAAUAUUUAUAUAUUUGCAAAACCUAGUUUCUUUUUC